AUGUCGACCUUUGGCCGUUAUUUUCGAGUCACCACUUAUGGCGAAUCUCAUUGCCGUUCCGUCGGCUGCAUUGUCGAUGGCUGCCCUCCAGGCAUGCAACUAACAGAGGACGAUAUACAGCCUCAGAUGAGUCGCCGCAGACCUGGCCAAUCUGCUCUGACCACCCCUAGAAAUGAAAAGGACCGAGUAGAAAUUCAAUCCGGCACCGAGUUCGGCGUCACUCUGGGUACUCCUAUUGGCCUCAUAGUGCGGAAUGAAGACCAAAGACCGAAGGAUUACGGCGGAAAGACGAUGGACCUAUAUCCUCGCCCAAGCCAUGCAGACUUCACUUACCUGGAAAAAUACGGGAUCAAGGCAAGCAGUGGAGGAGGGAGGAGUAGUGCUCGAGAAACGAUCGGAAGAGUGGCGGCGGGGGCCAUCGCCGAGAAGUAUCUAUCAUUAGCACACGGUAUCGAGAUCGUGGCUUUCGUAUCUUCCGUUGGCUCAGAGCACCUCUUUCCACCAACAUCGACACACGCAAGCCCUGCAACAAACCCAUCAUUCCUCGCGUUAAUCUCGAAAAUAACCAGAAAAGAAGUGGAUUCCUUUGUUCCGGUGAGGUGUCCCGAUGCGGGCGCCACCGAGCGUAUGACUAAGGUGAUCGAGAAGUUUCGCGACACACAGGACAGUAUUGGAGGCACUGUUACGUGUGUGAUUCGAAAUUGCCCCAUUGGAUUGGGUGAACCCUGCUUCGACAAACUUGAAGCUGAACUUGCACAUGCUAUGCUGAGCAUCCCCGCCACGAAAGGCUUCGAGAUUGGAUCAGGUUUCCGCGGGUGUGAGAUACCGGGUUCGAUUCACAAUGACCCCUUUAUUGCGGCGCCAGGAGUAGCUCCGGGUCAGCGGGCGCCAAACCGAAAGUUAACGACUAAAACAAACAACUCGGGCGGCAUCCAGGGUGGAAUUUCCAACGGUCAAGAUAUUUACUUCCGAGUUGCAUUCAAGCCUCCAGCAACAAUUGGCCAGGCGCAACAGACGGCCACUUAUGAUGCAGAGGAUGGGGUGUUGGAGGCCAAAGGUCGACAUGAUCCUUGUGUUGUACCAAGAGCAGUACCUAUCGUGGAAGCAAUGUCGGCGCUUGUCCUCAUUGAUGCACUCAUGGCACAGCAAGCCAGGGAGUCCGCACGGAGCCUCUUGCCGCCGUUGACGUCAACAUUGCCUGUGAAAGAGACUGGAGCCUCGACAACUUCAGGAAAAGCUGGAGAACUUUUGAAUGGUGCUGCCAAUGGACAAACGUAA